UUUGAGUAAAAAGAGUAUGUUUUAUGGGCUUUCAUGAAUUUCUUUAUUUUAUGACGUCAUGGAUGUUUUUGUCAUGUUAUGGGAUGUUUUUGUCCUAACUGCAUCCCAAUGAGAUAACAAAUAUUUUUUUGCUAAGUGACAAUACCAAGUAAGCUAAAGUGCUUUUGGAGAAAAGAUGCUUUUCAGGGAUUUACAGAGCCUAACCCAUUCCAUAAUUGGGCUAAUUAUCCAGUACUUGAAAGUAUACGUUAAAUCUUGGAGAAAAGGUUGCCACGCCUCCUUAAAACUCCUCAAUUCUCCUCAAUUUUACAAAGGCUUUUUAAAACUCCUUAAAUCUCCUUUUAAAGUAGAUUUCUAACUGCCUUCUUAUUAAUUCUCCUUUUACAAAACUAUAUUGUUUGUCAUACGCUUUUAUUUUCAAUGUUGCAGAAAUAAUCUUUACUUGCGUUACUUUGAACAUUUCAAAUAUUCUCAAUUUGUUUUGGAAAAUAUAAAAAUAUUGUCACAAAAGCUUUAAACUUUUCAUUGAAAGUUAUUAAAUCUGUUAAAAAGAUUACCUCUGCUCAGAACUAAAGCAGAGCUUCUUCAACAGCUUUUUCUAUCACUUUGCGCAUAAUUUUAAUAAAACUAAUUCGUUUGAGAUAAUCAAAAAAAUGUCAAACAGCGAAAGAAAUUCUGUUUUUAUUUACGAUACAUGCAUGGAUGAACUUUCAAUAUGAGGUUAUUAAGUUUACACAGCGUGUUAAUGAAUUUGGUAUAAACACAAAUUGAAGUUUAAUUAAGCAUGCAGAAGAAGAAAAUAAACGUUAAUGAACGCUAUCGUUGCGCAUGAUAUAUGAAAAUUAAUGUUCACUAAUUGAUAUAAACGAAACUAAUUGAAUUUAGUAGCUGUGCGCCGAUUUUCUCAACGCAAUACCGAAUAAUGAAUAUAAAAAAAUAAGAAUUAUAGCAUGAUUUGUAUAUAUUCAUCGAAUGAGAAGAAACCACAUAAAGCUUCACAUUCUUCUUCUAUACUCCUCACAGUAUGUGUCGUUGCUAUCUUCUUUGUGUACAUCUUCAAAAGGGAGACUUCGGAGUUGUUGACAUGUUUCGCCCGACCAGAGUUAUGUAUAUAUACAACGCAUGACGAAACAGAGGAAGAAAACAGUUUUUCAGAAAAUGUAUUUUUACAAACGUUUCCUAAAAUAGCGAACGAAGACAAGAGGAGUAAGAUAUUAAUCUAUUCCCACGCUAGAUCAGGAUCGUCUUUUUUAGGCGAAAUCUUCAAUCGACACAAAAAUGUAUUUUACACCUACGAACCGCUGCAUGCGUUAAAUAUUUUUGCAAAAGCAAAUGUGUUCCCAGCCUACGAAUAUCAGCGUAAGGCUGUUGACACACUUGAUGAUUUAUUUAACUGUGAUUACAGUAAUCAGGAUAAAUACUUAAAUUUCAUUUCAUACCCAGAACUCAGCAAUCCGCAUUUUCGUUUGAUGAGUAAAGUUUUAUCUUCGCCGCCAUUAUGUGACCGCGUGGUAGCACAAAAUAUUACGGAAGCCGAAUAUCGUAAACAUUGUAAAUUGUUAGUUCCAUACGUGGUCGAAAACUUUUGUAAACAGAAAAACCAUGUCGUUAUUAAAGAACUUGUUCACCGAAUUCCUUCUGGAAGUUUGUCUGGCUUAUCGAGACUGUUACUGGAGAGUUCAUUCAAGGCUAUAUAUUUAACUCGAGAUCCCAGAGCAAUCAUAUGGUCCCUGGCUAAAAUCGGAUGGAUUGGUAAGCACGAUGGUAGUUUUGCUGUAUCUGUAAAAGCUGCAGUGAAGAAAGUUUGCCAAAUUUUUGUAAAUAAUCACGCCUCUUUAACACAACUUACUCCAGUCACUCACAAGAAAUUAACAGUACUGCGCUAUGAGGACUUGGUUAGCCAACCUGUUGACGUGGUAACAAAACUAUUUGACUUCUCACAACUGGAACUGAAUGCAGAUACAAUUGACUGGGUGGUCGAGAAUACACAUGGACAACUAGACAGCGACAAUACUAAAGAAAGUUUCUCAGUUUUAUUGAGAAAUGUGUCGUAUUCGUUGAAUUCGUGGAGAAAACAUCUCUCCUUCGCAGAAAUCUCUCUCGUACAAAGGGAAUGUGGAGACACUAUGAGGAAAUUUGGUUAUGUCCUGUUCUCUUCACCUGCUGAAGUUCAAUAUAUGCAUUUACCAGCUUUUACCAAUGAUAUACCCCUUACAAAUAUUAUCAUGAUAAAAUAGAUGAAAAUGGAACUGCGGCCAUUCCCUAAAGUUUAAAUCUUAUUCUUUUAAAUCAAUUGGUGGCGUUGAGUUUUCUCUUUAAUUCACCCUUAAGUCACGCUAACAAUUCUUUGUAUCCACACAAUGUAUUUAAUGGUAAAAUUGUAAAUUAUGAGUUGUCAAUCUGGCGCACCUCUAAGGGCUUCUCAACGCCUAUGAUAUUCUGACAUGAUUGCCAGAGUUGCCACUUUAGAAUAGACGUAGAAGAGCCCUGGGAAAUGUAUUGUUGGACCUGAGGUGUUCAGGUUAUAGCUAAUUACUGGCAACUUCAUUUAAUUUUAAACUGCUGGAACCAUCAGGUUUUUUAUUAUAAUCUCAUUACAUUAUAUUGUCUCUCGUCAUCGCUAUGAGCGAGGGAUAGGGGGUGCGCUUUUAGUAUGAACUGACCCAUUUGUAAAGUGGAAACUAGCCCUAAUACGGACAGUCAAAAUGAAUAAAAUAAUCAAAUAAAGGCUGCCAGUUCCGUAAAGUUCCAUUUUCAACUAUUUUGACCUACAAACUUUGAGGGUAUUUUUAACGAAUAUUGCCCUUGUUUUUUAUGUCGCGUACAUGAAGAACAAAACCACUCAUAACAACAACAAAAACAAAAACAACGAGUAGAAAGGAAAACUAUGUUUCGAGCACUCCUAAAUACUUUAUUUGUACAGACUUAAGGGGGUAUUAUCAUUUGCGAAGCAAAAAAAAAUUUAAAUCGCGCGUUUAAUUUUUGUAUAAUAGUAAUGCUAAUGUAUUUCGCGCGUCUUAAUUUUUCGUGUAAUAAAGGGCAUUAUAAAUUAAUAAGAAACUUUGGUACAGACAAGGUAGGGACGAUGUUCUAAUGCACUGAACUGAAAAGCCAUUUUCUUACCCACAUUCAAUCAAAAACUUAAUCCUGUAAAACGUAUGUUGAGAAAUUUCGUUUGUUUUUUUAAUUAGUUGUUUUUGUUGUUGUUGUUCACGCGCGCACUACGUAAGCGUACAAAACAACACACGUCACUAAAUAUCUGAAUGUUCUUAUUCUUGAACACCUUUUUAAAAGGUUUAAAAAUGUAUAUAGAUUACUGCAUAUUUUUUAUUAAAGAAAACACGA